UGCAGCUCGGGCUCAUUGCAGCCAGCUGACAGAAGACCUUCAGAGAUUGAAUGCACAUUUUGCCCUGAACAAAAAAGGACUUAUUCACAUUCUUUGUAGCACAAAAACAAAGCAGACUGAACAUAUUGGCUGGCGAUGAUGGAAGAAGUGAAAGAAGAGGCACCUUUGAGUGUUCAUGGACAUAGCAUUAAAGUUGCAGAGGUUCUACAAGAUGGAGACGCACUUACCUUUCUCAUUGUCUCUCAAAAACUGUCCGGGACCGGGGAGUACCACGUGGAUCGGACCUAUGAGGACUUUGAAUGGCUACAGCAGAACCUGUUCAACCAAGAGGAUGUCCCUGGGAUACAGGGAGUCAUAUUUCCUCCUCUUCCUGCAAAGGCUCAGAUGAACACAACACCAAAGGCCACCAGACAGCUUGGUUUCCUUGGUUUGGAAGAGUUUAAGCCAUAUUGUGCAGCACUGGAGAAUUACCUCCACCAAGUGGCAGCACACAACCUACUCAGAAAAAACAAAGCUUUGGAGAUCUUCCUCACCAGCUCUGAUCCGCCUGGUCGACAGAAAGCCAGGAGAAACAUUUUCAAUCGCUUGAGUCAAGCUGUGGAAGAAAUGAGAAAAGAAGGCCACAAGGAUGUUGACGAAUUCUUUCAAUCUAAACGGGACGUCAAUCUUUCUCUAACCGGCUGCAUCAAAAACACGGUGGAUAAAUUCCUGGAUCUGGUGCAAACUGAGCAAAAAAUAGCAGUGGCCUGUGAGCACUUUGCAACUGCCCUGCAUCUGUGUGUGGAAUCGGAUGAUGAUCCUGACAAAGCAGCUUUUACUAAGAUUUGUGUAAAAUUAUCAGACGUCUUUGAGUCAAUGAAGAAUAGCAUGGCAAGUGUUGCUGAAAAUGAUGUGAGCACUCUCGGACUUGGCCUGGAUUUGCAGUCACGCUAUCAGGAAGCAGAAAAAGAGAUGCUUUUCAGAAGGACCUGUAAGCUAGUAGAGUUGGAAACUGCCCUAAAGAAUGCUGAGAAGGCCAAACCAGUCAAGAAGGCUGCUUUGGAGGAGGUGAAAAAAACAGUGGAGACCGAGUUUAAUCACGUUUGUAAAGUGGCGAAACAAGAGAUUGAACACUUUGAGGAUGCCCGUGUGAAGAUGUUGCAACAGGCUCUGGUGAAGUGGUGCGAAAAGCAGCUACGCACAGCCCGGGAAAUCGCUGAGCAGUACGACCAGCAUCUCCAGGCCUUCAGAGCCAUGUGACAACACACACACAUAUUCACUUUCUGUAUGUUAGAACAUAACAUGUCACUAAGUUGCAUUUAAUGAAAACAGCGAUAGACAUUUGAGACAAAUUCAAAACUACAUAGAAUAAUGAUUAGCUUUCCGUUUUAUACACUACAUUCAUGUUUGAUGUUGUGAUGACUCAAAAUAAACUGUGACAAAUUGAAGCUCCUAAAA